AUAUCCGCGCCUUCAUAUCCUGCAUGGCACACACAGAGAAAGCUCAUCUUCUUCCAUCAAAUCUCUCUCUUUAAAUCUUGUAUCCAGACAUUUCCGAAACCCUGCUUCUAACCAUCUUUUUUCUUUUCGCGCUUCUUCUAGACUUAUGUAAAUGGACUGGGUUUGUAGAAAUAUCGCUUGGAGAUCCCAAUUCUGCCUCGCAAAUGUCGGUGUUGGAGAUGGAAUCGAUUGAAGACUGUCGCAUUUUUAUUACAAUUUCGAAUCAGCCACACAGCAAAGAGAUGCCAGGUGUCCAGUAUGAUAAUGAUUCUGUUGUGCCGCCAGCAACUAGAUUGGAGAGGCUUUUGAGAUCAAGGGAGUUAAGAAAAUAUGGCAGGUCUCAUCAUUCAAAUGAAGGUGGAGUAAGAGAUUGUUGUGGUUUACAUGAUAGCGAUGCGAAAAGAUCACUAGAGGAUAGUUUUCUUGAAGGAAUUUUUGAAGCGACUAAAUUACCUUGUGAUGGAUAUGAAAGGAUAGAUGCGCACGCGAGGAAACAACGAUUAUUGGUGGUGGCAAAUCGCUUACCGGUAGCCGCAACAAGAAAGGGAGAGGACUCAUGGGCUCUUGAAGUCAAUGUAGGAGGACUAGUCAGUGCACUCUUAGGUGUUGCUGAGUUUGAAGCAAGAUGGAUUGGGUGGGCUGGUGUGAAUGUACCUGAUGAAAUUGGACAGCGAUCGCUUUCCAAAGAAUUAGCUAAAAUGAGAUGUAUUCCUGUUUUCCUGGAUGAGGACACUGUCAACCAGUAUUAUAAUGGUUAUUGUAACAACAUAUUAUGGCCUCUUUUCCAUUAUCUUGGACUUCCUCAUGAGGACCGCCUAGCAACCACCCGAAGCUUCCAGUCUCAGUUUGCUGCAUAUAAGAAGGCUAACCAGAUGUUUGCUGAUGUUGUAAAUGAGCAUUAUAAGGAGGGAGAUAUUGUGUGGUGCCAUGACUACCACUUAAUGUUUCUUCCCAAAUGUUUGAAAGAGCAUAACAUAGACAUGAAGGUUGGUUGGUUUCUUCACACGCCAUUCUCUUCCUCUGAAAUUUACAGGACGCUGCCUUCUAGAUCAGAGCUUCUGAGAGCUGUUCUUUUCGCUGAUUUGGUUGGCUUUCACACUUACGAUUAUGCAAGACAUUUCGUCAGUGCUUGCACUCGCAUUCUUGGACUGGAAGGAACACCUGAAGGGGUUGAGGAUCAAGGAAAGCUUACUCGUGUGGCUGCGUUUCCUAUUGGAAUAGAUGCCAGUCGUUUCAUUCGUGCACUUGAGCUUGCUCCAGUGCAGUAUCACAUGAAGGAGUUGCUAGAAAGAUUUGCUGGACAGAAGGUUAUGUUAGGGGUAGAUCGUCUUGAUAUGAUUAAGGGUAUUCCUGAAAAAGUCUUAGCAUUUGAAAAGUUUCUUGAAGAGAAUCCAGACUGGCGGGAUAAGGUAGUUCUGCUGCAAGUUGCAGUGCCAACAAGGACUGAUGUUCCCGAGUAUCAAAAACUGACAUGCCAGGUUCAUGAAAUUGUUGGACGCAUUAAUGGAAGAUUUGGAAAACUUACAAAUGUUCCAAUUCACCAUUUGGACUACACUCUGGACUUUCACUCGCUGUGUGCCUUGUAUGCAGUAAGUGAUGUGGCAUUGGUAACAUCUUUGAGAGAUGGGAUGAAUCUUGUAAGUUAUGAGUUUGUGGCCUGCCAAUCCUCAAAGAAAGGGGUUCUCAUUCUAAGUGAGUUUGCAGGUGCAGCACAGUCACUUGGUGCUGGGGCAAUUCUGGUUAAUCCAUGGAACAUUACAGAAGUAGCUGCUUCCAUUGCUUAUGCUCUAACAAUGCCUGCCCAUGAACGAGAAAAACGUCAUCACCUUAAUUUUAUGCACGUCACAACUCAUACAUCCCAAGAGUGGGCUGCAACGUUUGUUAGUGAACUGGACGAUACCAUUGUUGAAGCUAAGCUGAGGACCAGCCAAAUUCCUCCUGUGCUUCCUACAAAUGCUGCUAUAGAACGUUAUGUGCAGGCAAAUAAGCGACUGCUAAUACUG